CUUAAACACUACAAAAUGUGGUUCAGAAUCAUACCUUUAAUCCUAUUUCUUCUCGUAGGCCAAACCACCGGAAUUCUCUUAGGAAGGCUCUACUUUGACAAAGGUGGAAACAGUAAAUGGAUGGCCACCUUUGUACAAACAGCCGGUUUUCCCAUCCUCAUUCCCCUCAAGUUAUUCCUAGCCUCUUCACCAACGUCUCUUCGUCCCCCGGGUUACAAGCUCACCCUUCUCUACUUUGUUUACGGCCUUCUUGUGGCCGGUGAUAACUUGAUGUACUCUUAUGGAUUACUAUACCUCCCCGUGUCUACGUAUUCCUUGUUGUGUGCCUCCCAACUAGCCUUCAACGCGGUUACAUCCUUCUUCAUCAACGCGCAGAAAUUCACUGCCCUAGUGCUUAACUCGCUUGUAAUCCUCACUAUCUCCGCGUGCCUUAUAGCUAUCAAUGCUGAUAAUGAAGCUAACACGAGCAAUAAUACCGGGAAGGGGAAAUUUGCCUUAGGGUUUUUAUGUACCCUUGGAGCUUCCGCGGCAUUAGCUUUCAACGUGUCCGUGGCACAAUAUUCUUUCGAGAAGGUGAUUAAGGACAACUCCCUUAACACCGUGGUAUGUAUGCAACUUUACCCUUUUAUUGUCGCGACUUGUGUUUGUGUAAUAGGGCUCUUUGGUAGCGGGGAAUGGCAUACGCUGAACGAAGAGAUGAGGAAUUACAAAUCGGGUGGUGUGCCCUAUGUGUUAACAUUAGCUUUCACGGCUAUAAGUUGGCAACUUGCUUUGCUGGGAAUGUUAGGUCUAAUUUUUGAGGUUUCAUCCCUUUUCUCUAAUGUGAUUGCCACCUUUAGUUUGCCCUUGGUUCCGAUUUUCGCAGUCGUGUUCUUCCAUGAUAAGAUGAAUGGUGUGAAGGUGAUUUCUAUGAUUCUUGCUAUGUGGGGGUUCCUUUCUUAUAUAUAUCAGCAUUACUUGGAUGAUAUUGAAGCUAAAAAAGCAACAAAAGUAAAGCUUGAUGCUAGCACAGAAUUGUUCUGAUACAGAGUUUACACAGUUUAGUUCAUAUGU